AACGUCGGUUUACUACAGCCUGCUUGUUGCCGAUAAUAUAAUAUAAUUAAUAUUCUAAAUUCGAAAUAGUACAAUAUUAUUUUAAUAACCGUUGUUUGUGUCGUGGUCAUUUAAAUAUAUUUAUGAUGUAUCACCUAUGUUACCAGUUUUGUCCAAAAUUUUUUCACGUUAACUCGUUUUUGGGAAUACAAUGAUUUAGAUACUUAAUGGCUUGCACCUAUAUAAUACAUAAAUCAUUGUAUUAAUAUUUUUCCGUCGUUAAAAGAACCGUUCUUAAAUUAAUCUAUAUAAUAUUUAUAUAUACUAUUAAUAUAUUCAUUUUUUACCUGUAUACCUAUUUAAAAAAAAUAUUGUUAUUAACCUAUCAAGUGCCUAUUAAUAUGGAAUCGCCAUCAUCUGUGAUAUUGGAGACGAAUAAACGCUAUUUCGUUGAAGACAAAUUUCUCAUUGUAAACUGUUUUUAUGAUCAAAAGAGAAUUAGACCAUUCCUUAAAGAUUGGAUAGGACUAUACCCAUGUGAUAAUGUUAAACUAUAUGAACCAUUGAUAUUUGAAUACGUUAUGGACCACCCGAGGAUAGAUGGAAGUUGUUUUAAAAUUAAAUUUAUACCAAAACUCUUUGCCAAAUCUGUUCACUGUUCUGGUAAAUACCAGUUUGUCUACGUGGAUUCCUAUUCUAAGAUUAUUGCAACUAGUGAUCCAAUUGAAUUUGUGCAUAAAAAUGAUUGUAACUGUAAUAAUGCUCUUAGUCAAUCAAAUUGUAUGGUACACAUAACAAUAGGACAGAGUCCUUGCCGUCUUGCCAAUGGAGCCGUGUCGUAUUGUUGCAUAAAGAAAUAGACGCCGAUGAAAAAAAAAAUAUGUAAUGGCCGGCGCCAAAGAGGGAAAAAAACUUACAAAGUAAUGAAAACCAUUUCAAACACAGACCAACAAAUUCAA